UUCUUAAGAACUCAACGUCAGGUACAUUCAUUUGGUCUUCCUUUUCAAUCUUCUCUCAUCAAAAUCAACUCCCUUUUUGAAACAUAUUCCCAUUGAGAGCCCCUUUUCCUUUCUGGGUUUUCCACAAAAUCUCCUCUGUUUCCCCCUGUUUUUCCAUCCCCUUUUUCAAUCUCUUCUAGUCAUUCCCUUUUUGUUUUGAUUGUUUUAAUACAAACCAUAUUUCUAGAAUUUGUUGUAAUACUGUUUUUGGUUGCUAAAACAAAGACGAUCAUUUCCUUCAUUGGAGUGCUCUGUUUCUGUUUUACCGUUUUUUAUACCUUUUCUCCCUCCAAACUUUCGCUUUAUAAUAUAAUAUACUAAAUAUACAACUAUAUAUCCUAAUUUCGGAUAUAUUUAGAUUUUGUUUACUUCUUUUUUCUCUGUUUCACGAUCUAUAAUCGCUUUAUUUUCGCUGGUUUCUCGUACCCACCUACCAGAUACAGUUUUUUUUUUUUUGUUUUCCUCUACUUCAGUUAGUUCUUCUGUUUUUCUUAUAUUUAAUACUGGUUAGUCUACCUGAUUUGUUUCCCAUUCCCGGAAAAUAAUUAUAAUCCUGGGAAACAAAUAGAAAAGGAUGGGUUUUUCUUGGUUUCUGAAACUGGUAGUGGUUCUUGGUAUUUUGAGUUGUUGUGUUAAUGGUCUUGGUGUGAAUUGGGGAACUCAGGCUACCCACCCACUGUCGCCAAAGACAGUGGUACAGCUGUUGAAAGACAAUGCAAUUACAAAAGUGAAGCUUUUUGAUGCAGAUAAAAACACCAUGAGUGCUCUUGCUGGUUCUAAUAUUGAAGUAAUGGUGGCCAUUCCUAAUAAUCAACUUCUGGUUAUGACUAAUUAUGAUAAAGCCAAAGACUGGGUGAGGAGGAAUGUCACAGCUUACAAUUUCAAAGGUGGUGUUAAUGUCAAAUACGUUGCGGUUGGGAAUGAGCCUUUCCUCACAUCCUACAAUAAUUCAUUCCUAAAUUCCACUUUCCCAGCGCUUCAGAACAUUCAAAAUGCCCUCAAUGAAGCUGGAGUUGGAGAUUCCGUAAAAGCUACUGUGCCCUUAAAUGCCGAUGUCUAUGAAUCACCAGAAAACAAUCCUUACCCAUCUUUUGGAAGAUUCCGUACUGAUAUCAAUACAGAAAUGACCCAGAUUGUUGAGUUUCUAAAUAAGAACAAAGCUCCUUUCACCGUAAACAUCUAUCCUUUCCUAAGUCUCUACGGUAAUGACGAUUUCCCUGUAAAUUAUGCUUUCUUUGAUGGGGGUACUCCAAUUGUUGAUAGUGGAACUGGAAUCCAGUACACCAAUGUCUUUGAUGCCAACUUUGAUACUUUGGUUUCGGCUUUAAAAGCUGCUGGAUAUGGAGACAUGACCAUUUUGGUAGGAGAGGUUGGUUGGCCAACAGAUGGGGACAAGAACGCGAACAAUGGUUUAGCUGUUAGAUUCUAUAAUGGGCUUUUACCUAGACUUGCAGCCAAUAAAGGCACCCCUCUUCGGCCUGGAUACAUUGAAGUUUACUUGUUUGCUUUACUUGAUGAGGAUGGGAAGAGCAUUGCUCCUGGUAAUUUCGAGCGUCAUUGGGGAAUCUUUAGGUACGAUGGACAGCCUAAAUUCCCCAUGGAUUUGUCCGGUCAGAAUCAAAACAAACUCCUUAUUGGUGCAACGGGCGUCAAAUAUCUUGCUAACAGAUGGUGUAUGUUUAAUCCGAAUGCCAAGGAUGUUAGCAAACUUGCAGCUACCAUAGAUUUUGCGUGCAGUAAUUCUGACUGCACGACCCUUGGAUAUGGUUCUUCUUGUAACAAUUUGGAUGCGAAUGGGAAUGCUUCGUAUGCAUUUAACAUGUACUUCCAAAUCAAAGAUCAGGAUGAGUUGGCCUGUGGUUUUCAAGGUUUGGGCACAACUACUACACAGAAUCUUUCAACAGAGCAAUGCAGUUUUCCCAUUCAGUUAGCUUCAUCUGCUUCUUCUUUCAGCCCCUCACUUGUGGGUUUGGCAUUGAUGAUGAUGGUGUCAACAUUUAUGUUGCGAUAGAUUUAUUAGAUAGUGGAUAGAAUCUUCUUCUGUUUCUACUUCUUUCUCACUAGUUCAUUUAUUUUUGAUAGUUUCGUGUACGAUACUUCGAGCCUAUAUUUAUUUUUCCCGAUUUAUUCAAUAAAACUACACUUCAUUUA